AUGCAUGACCGAGAAGAAGAAUCGUUCCAUCUUUCAUCAUCUUCCGAUAUUCGUGAUGGUAUGCAACACAUUGCUGAUCAUGUAGAAAACAUAUUUCAACAAUUACCAUAUGAGCUGAUUGAAGUGAUUGUUGGAUAUUUGAAUUCGGUUGAAUUGAUCUUGUCGGUUGCAAAAGUUUGUAAGCAUUGGAGAGAUGAAGUUGUGUUUCCGAUCGUGAAGGAACAAUAUAAAACUCUCAUUUCGGAGAUUUACCCUCAUCAUCAAGAAAAUGAUGACCAAUUUGAAAUUUCUUCAAUGAUGGAUUUUUAUACCAAAAUUCAAGGACAAAGAUUUGUUAAACAAUUACUGCGUAAAUGUGUGUUUGAACUUGCCAUUCAAAUACAAAAACAUGCUUUCCCUCACACCGAUGAUGUUAGAACUAUUGAAUGCAAUUUACCGUGGCUUGAAAGUGAGCUCUCUAUUUUGAAAGGUUACUUUGCAAAUUUCAUUUGUAUGAAAGAAACAAAUCAGAACAGGACAACCACCACAAAUAAUUCCAACACAACUAACAAUGGAGGAGGGCUCUUUAAAGGAGUAUUGGAUUAUAUGGCGUCGUUAUUUGGAAAAAGUAGUAGUAGCAAUAGUACCUCAUCUUCCACAAACAAACCGUCAAAUCAAAACGAAGGAAUUCCAAAAAAGGAGUUGCGGGAAUAUGAUUUUCUAAUUAAGGCAUUAUUGGAUGGCGUUUGGGGAGCAGGGAAAACGUCCUUCUUGAGAGCUUCAAUUCAUGACACUCCACCAGAUAAUCAUCACCAUGCUACUAUUGGAGUUGAUUUUGGAUUACGAACAUUUGUAUUUGGAAACGAAUUCAAAAUCAGAUUUCAAUUAUGGGAUCAAUGUGGACCUGAACGAUUUCGAUCCAUCACCACCUCGUACUAUCGAGGUGCAAGUUGUAUUUUUUUACUUAUUGAUUUAACAGAUAAGAAUGAAUGGUUGAAACCAAAAAUUCAAGACAUUUUAGAACAGGCUAAACCUGGGACUGAAGUUAUUGUUAUUGGAACUAAAACCGAUCUUCAUGAAGAGAGGAAAAUUUCGAGACAAGAUUUAGAGAAAAUGGCUUUCGAAACAUUCAAAGGUUCGCUUUAUGUGGAAAUAACGAACACAAAAAUUGAGGAACCAAAAACUGUGUUGUGGUAUUCUGUACUGUUGAGAUACUUGUUGAGUGUUAACGUCACGGAUGUGUGA